AGUGUGAAAUACGUCAAUGCACAAGGAUUUAGAGGGGGAUAUAGUUUAGUAUAAAACAGAUCAGUCGAUUUACAUGUUUUUCAUAAAUAAAACUGAAAUAGAAAAUCUUCAGCGCACUUAAAAACUACAAUUAAUACUUUUAUUGGAAAUGGCAGGUUUCGUUCUAAUUGUGUUAGCUGGCUUGACAUGCGCAGUGCUUUGCAAGCCAGUUGAGGAUACCGAGAAAGGUACUUUAAAUGAAGCUCUUCCGAAUCACCACGCCAUUGAGAGACGAUUUAUCAACCCGCUGUUUAACUUGGGAGGCUCACAUAAUUUAGGGAAUCCAAAAUUAAGAACCAGACGAAGCGAAGUCGAAUGCGAGAAGCUUGCACUGUGUAAACUACACGCGAGAUCCAGACAAAACUUCUUUGCAGCUUAUGAAUUAUAUUUCGUAAAUAAGGAAAACGCGCGCUACUGGGACCACCGGGCGAGGACCGCGGCGGAAUGCGAACAGCGCUACGGCGACUGCGACGCGCUGUGACGUCACGAGACUCUAUGUAUAAUGUUGCGGGACGAGCUCACUGUCUCACCACCAUCCUUUAGUGCCCGGGGACAUCAACAAGCCCCGGCAAUACCGGGCGGCGUAGCUCGUAUCUGUGUACUUACCUUGCCUAGCUCAUCUACGAUAAUACUCAAAUGAUUAUAUUUCCGUUGUUUUAUUUAAUUGUAUCGAGACAUUAUAAUGGAAAAUGAAACACUCAUUGUUAUUGUGUACUUAAAUAAUUUAUUUUACAUCUUAACUCAAAUAAAUCAUAAAUCAACCACACCACAAUCACCGUAAAUGCAUUAAAACAUAACAAAAUAAAUAAAU